AUGUCUUCGAUUGCUGCCUUCACAGCUCGUCGGGCUUUUGCCCGUCAGUCCUUUGCUGCGCGCGCCCCUCUUCGCCGUUAUGCCACCAAGACCGAGGAAGCCGGCCUGGACAAGGGCCCAAAGCGCGACCCUGAGCUCUACGUUCUACUCGGUGUUAUGUCUGGUGCUUUCUUGCUUGCCGGAUGGUACUUUGGUCGCAAGCCUACCUCGGUGACCUCGGAAAGCAACGUCCGCAUCAACGACUCGGCCAUGCCCUGGGAGGGCGAGGGUGAGGGCAAGGCCUUCAAGUACCAGUACCACCCUCACGGUGACAAGAGCCAGCCUCUUCGCAACGCUCCUAGCGCUCUCAACACUGUCAUCGUUCCCGACGUGACCUUGCCUGUUGACCUUCACGAGCGAUUCAACAAGUAUGGUAAGGAGGAAUACGACUACUAG